AUGGGAGAUGAAGGUAUAGUUAGAACUGUCACAAAGCAUGUCACACCAGGUAAGGCUACUAUAUUGGCUCUUGGCAAGGCUUUCCCUCACCAGCUUGUGAUGCAAGAGUAUUUAGUUGAUGGAUAUUUCAGGGACACUAAUUGUGAUAAUCCUGAACUUAAGCAGAAACUUGCUAGACUUUGCAAGACAACAACAGUGAAAACGAGGUAUGUUGUUAUGUCAGAGGAGAUACUAAAAAAGUAUCCAGAACUUGCUGUUGAAGGCGCGACUACUGUAAAACAACGUCUAGAGAUAUGUAACAAGGCAGUGACACAAAUGGCAAUUGAAGCUUCUCAAGCUUGCAUAAAGAAUUGGGGUGGAUCUUUAUCAGACAUAACACAUGUGGUUUAUGUUUCGUCUAGUGAAGCUAGGUUACCGGGUGGUGAUCUUUAUUUAUCGAGCAGCCUAGGACUGAGUCCUAAAGUUCAACGGAUCAUGCUUUAUUUCGCUGGUUGCUCUGGUGGUGUGGCUGGUUUGCGCGUUGCAAAAGACAUAGCUGAAAACAACCCUGGUAGCAGAGUUUUGCUUGCUACUUCUGAGACUACUAUUAUUGGAUUCAAGCCACCGAGUGCUGAUAGACCCUAUGAUCUUGUUGGUGUGGCGCUCUUUGGAGAUGGUGCUGGUGCUAUGAUAAUCGGUUCAGACCCGAUAUUUGAAACUGAGAAGCCAUUGUUUGAGCUUCAUACUUCAGCUCAGGAGUUUAUACCAGACACUGAGAAGAAAAUCGAUGGGAAACUGACAGAGGAAGGAAUAAGCUUCACGCUUGCGAGGGAUCUUCCUCUGAUAAUUGAAGACAGUGUUGAGGGAUUCUGUGACAGCCUAAUGGAUGUUGGUGGGUUGGAGAAAAAGGAGUACAAUAAGCUGUUUUGGGCUGUUCAUCCAGGAGGGCCGGCGAUAUUGAACCGCAUGGAGAAACGGCUAGAGCUGUUGCCUGAGAAGCUGAAUGCUAGUCGGAAAGCUCUAAGGGAUUAUGGAAAUGCUAGUAGUAAUACUAUUGUUUAUGUGCUGGAGUACAUGAUAGAAGAGGGAAACAAGAUUAGAAAGGAAGGAGGAGGAGAUCCUGAAUGGGGAUUGAUACUUGCUUUUGGACCUGGAAUCACUUUUGAGGGGAUUCUAGCAAGGAACCUUUGUGCUUGA